AUGUCUUAUCGGAUUCCAUCUUCAUUUCUACGAAAAGGAUGCUCUUUACAUCCCACUCCACUGUUUUCUAAAACUUCAACCGCACGGAAGUACCGGCCAUGCUUUCGCGCUGGUUUGAUCUCUUCAAAAUCUGAAAAUAUAAAAUGGUACUGCGGUCCAACACUGUCAAAGCGGAGUUAUGCCACUGCUUCUUCUAGCGAAGCUCCUUCUGAGGAGCCACCUAUUAAUGUUUCUUGGCCUACCGUCCAACACCCCACACCAUAUGAGAUCUUUCAUAUUUCCCAAGGCACCAAAAUUGAUAAAAAGUUCAUCAAAAAAACAUUUCAUAAAUUUGCUAAGAUCUAUCAUCCUGAUGCGACUCUUGCCUCAGACGGAUUACAUGAUAGUCUGACGCCAGAACUUAAAGAAGAUCGUUUCAAAAAGAUCGUUGCUGCUUACGAUAUCUUAAAAGACGACGCGAAACGCCGUGAUUUUGAUCUUUUCAACAAGGGCUGGGAGGAUUCGCCAAGAUCCCGCUCAAAAAACGUCUAUGGUCGUGACUUUAGCCGCGCUACAAGAUAUAAGACCAAUAUCACAUAUGAGGAUGACAGCUGGGCUGCCUUUCACAAUGACUAUCGCCAACAUAUGCAGCAGCAGGAUCCUGCGUAUCAAAAAUCCCAAUGGGAAGCUCACAAAAAAAUGGUUUUGUAUCUUCUUAUUGGCUCCUUAGCUGUCGGUGCUAUUCAAUUUAGCUUUCUUAUGAAUCAUGCAACAAAUGCUGUUGAAGUUCGCAAAGAAACCUCUAGAAAAACAUUUCACGAUUUGUCCCUUGCUCUCACAAAUUAUGGGUUUGGCUUCUCCAAGGAGGAAAGAAUCAACCGGUUUUUAGCUCACAGAGAAACCAGUGAGAUGUAUGAUAAUUCAUGGGAACGCCAGGAUAACCUGUGUACUUCAUCCUUUUUAUCAGUGUCUAAUGAUCGCUACGCCCGUAGCACAGCUCGGGAAAAACAAAAUAAGGAAGCUAGUUCCACCAGUUCGAGCCCAACUUCAGAUUCGAUAUCCGAUUCCACUCCAGUUAUAGCAAAUAAUUCGACUACUGCUGAUUCUAGUAUUAUUCCUUCAUCUGCAAAUACGAUUCCAUCAGCGACACCACACUCAACAUCUGCAUAG